AUGUUACUUAGAAAUAUACUAAAAUCUUCUACUUUGUCUAGAGCUGUAAGAUUAGCUCCAAUUUUCAAACCAACCUCGAUUCAAUCAGCGGUCGUUCCUAAAAGAUGGUAUGCAAAAUCCUGGGAUGAUAGACAGGCCAACAAUAAUUUGGAGGCACAUUUAAAAGUUCAGAAACUAAUGGAUGAUAUAAACUCUCAUCCCACAAUAGUUUCUAAAUUGGAGGAUAUUAAGAAUAUUAUGGUUGAGAAAGGUUUAGUAAACUCCGAUGAGGAUAAAAGAUUGGGCAUUAAACAAAUGAUAAAUAUCUUGAUGGAUAAAGACUUGAGAAGAGCUAUGAAUGAAUUGAAAGAGGAGUUGGCUAAUGCGGGUAUUCAGUUAGGCCCAGAUCAAUUGGGGCCUUUGAUGACAGUUUUGGGAUUAGAGCAGCCAAAAAAAUAA